CGGAAACAUCCACCCUUUGCUUGGAGGUAGGUUCGCUCCUCCGGCGUGAGUUUCGUGAGACGGGUUGGGUGGGUGUUUAUACGAGGAUGGCUGGUGCGUUCUCUCUUUUCCAUCCGUAUGAGGUGGAUGGCGAAGAGCUCGUCGGAGGAGAGCAAUGUGGUGUUGAGUGGGUCGGAGAGGGUGUCGGGGUCGGGGGUGGUGAACUCGUUGGAGGAGGUGGUGGAGGUGGUGUCUUCGAAAGCGAUGUUGUGGAAGACGCAAGGGCGGGGAGGAAUCGAUGUGAGUACGGUCUUGUAGGAGGAGAAGAGGCGGUCGAUUUGGAGGAUGUGAGUAAGAAGGUCGGCGAGGGUCAUGGGGGCCUCGUGGAUGAGGGCGGCCACAAGGUCUUUGCGGCAUACGCACUUGACGCGGGAGCACAAAACGUAUACUUGGGAAGGCUGGAGGUGAUAGUGGACGAAGUCAAGAGGGGUUUUGAUUGGGGGGGAAUGGUUGAUGACAGUGUGAUGGUGGGGGUUAUUGUCUGGGUGACCAUGGUGGAGGUAGUGGUGGAUGAAGGCAGGGGUGCGGAUGAUGUGCUACCGGAUAGGGCGGUGGAUGUGGAGGAGGAGGUGAUUGGUGUAGAUGUGGAGGCGGAGGAUGGGGGAAGGGUGGUGGAGCACGAGUAUGCGAAGCCGCGAGCAAUGCUGUCGAUAGAGUCGGGGUUGGUGCGGAUGCCGGAUAUAUCAAUGUUGGAUGAUUCGGCCAUGGUAGUAGGGGAGGAAGCGGUGGUAGCGGCGGAGGAGGUGGCAGCUGAGGUGGUAGCAGCAGAUGAGGUGAAGGCGGCGGCAACGGCGGCAGCAGCGGCGGGGUCGGCGGCUGUGUGUUGAGAGUUCCUGGUUGUGCAUGCCAUGCCCGAGGGGGGGGGGGUCCUGUUUACAAGGGUAGAACAACAUCAACUAUUUUAGCAAUGAAGAUAAUUUCCAAAUAAAAUUUGCAAAACAAG